AUGGUGGAUCAUGUAGAACAUCUGGCGUCUUAUCCCGCGGCUGGCGCUUGUAUUGUAUGUCAAAAGCUGACAAGAUGGCAUCAAUGUGGAGUUUGGGUAAGGCGUUCGGAGUUCAAGCUACAAAAAAUUAAGCUGUUUUAGUGCAACCUAUUAAUUUCUCCUUUAUUAAAGACUAUUGUGUGUGGUUAGCGCUCAAUUUUUAGGUGUGCGGGCAAUGCGAGGAUUUCUUCUUUAAACAGGUGGCUAUAGGUCAAAAAAGGGCUGACUACGAAGUCGAAAACAAAUCGCGACAAGGUACGUUUCAAGUUAAAAAAACAAUUUGAAACUGUUCACCUUUAAAUAAAGUUUGUUUGCUUUAGAUAAUCCAAUGUCAUCUCAAAAAAAUAUAGUUAAUUUUUCCGCAAUUAGAGCAUCCUUACUGUCGAAUCCAGCGCCGGUUUCGUAUGACUUCAAGCAUUUUACAACCGGAAUAACUCGAGCAUCCUCAAGGCUGUUUAGGGCUCUCGAAAACCUUCAUACGUUCGAGUUGUCGGAGGUUUUGAAGAUAUUUCCGCAACUGGACAUCGGUGCCAGAAGCGUAAGUAACAGACUGCAGACGUUCGUUGAACUUGGAUUUUCCAAACUUUUCCUGUUUUUCAGUUUGUUCAAACAAAUGGGACCUUAUACACGCCCAUAUCUCAGAAAGCAUGCUCAGCCUUUGCCAUAAUGCUUUGCAGCGCAAUUCCAGCUCUCGGUGAUCUAGAUACCGUAGCUCGCGUGAGUGCUUCAUGUUGCGUCAUUUCACUUCCAUUUUCAGAUGCACUUUGCAGCAGAAACAAAAUUUGAAUUGCACAUGGUAAACGAAUUCUACAUGACGGCCGCUUCCUUUCCGGAGGUCGGCGACCCCCGGUUGGCUGUGAUGCCUGGGCUCUCGGUGAAUCUUCUUGACCAGGCCGAAGGAUAUUGGUUUGACGGGGAGAUGGCAGAAGAUGAGAAGGCCGCUUAUAUGAAGUAAGGUUGCUGUAAAAAGACAGUCUAUAUGCGAGGGUUUGCGUUUAGAGCCCCUUUUCAGAAUAUAUUAUACAAUUCUUGGCUUUUUGCGCCGUGAAAUGGCCUUUUUUCGGCUGCCAUAGGACAGUAGUUUUUUUGCACAGCGCAAACGCCAGAAAUUACUCGGGCGGCUUCGCAAACGGACUAGGACUAGGCGACAAAAAGUUAUUUUCAGUUUACUCCGACCCUACCUUUUCCAUUACCUGUCCAUGGUGAACGAGUUCAGGAUACGUGGUCUAAAUCAAUUUGACGUAUGCUUCAUCAUGCUCCUAACGAUAUGCAAAUACUGUAAGAACUAAUUUACACAGGAUGCAGUAAAUACUGCAUUUUUUUACUUGCAUAUGUAUGCAUAUUUAGGCGACGGCGAGGACGAGCUAAACAAAACUAUAAGUCAAUUCAAAGGCCGGGUCUUGGCUGAGUAUUCCGAGUACUUAAGAAGACGCUACAAGGAGAAAAGCUAUGAUCGGCUAAUGAGUAUUUUACUGCUCUACGAUAAAGUCGUUGUAAGCCUUUUUGCGUUUUUUUAAAUCAAUUUUAGAAAUUUUCAAUUGACUCAAAAAAUCUGCAAGCCCAAUUGGAAUUCUUGCGUUCCAACGGAGCAAAGGUGAGCCAUCAGAAGGAGGAUGACACUGUUUUUAGUUUGCCUUGUAUCCUAUUACUGUGCGAAGGUAG